AAGGUCUUUUCAACACACAAAAACCUUAAUCUUGAACCCCUGGAGAAAGUUUCAAGCUUUGCAGCCACAAACAGAGGGAAAAAGGAUUAGGUGCAGUCAGAAUGCAGUCCAGCAAAGCCCCUGCAUCAAUGGAAGUUGAAACCAGUGAACAUAAGUCUCAGGGAGCUUUGCCAGCAAAGCCAAAGUUUAAGCCUUUGAAGGCUCAUGAGAUGUCUGAUGGUCGAGUUCAGUUUAGAAAAGUCUCGGUUCCACCACAUCGGUAUUCACCUCUGAAGAAAGCAUGGAUGGAAAUCUACACUCCAAUAUAUGAGCAAAUGAAGAUUGAUGUCCGUAUGAACCUCAAAGCUAGGAAGGUUGAGUUGAAAACUAGAUCAGACACGCCCGAUGUCAGUAACCUGCAAAAGUGUGCUGAUUUCGUGCAUGCUUUUAUGCUAGGUUUUGAUGUGAUAGAUGCUAUUGCUCUUUUGCGUUUGGACGAGCUAUAUGUUGAAUCUUUUGAAAUAAAAGAUGUUAAAACUCUUCGAGGUGAGCAUUUGUCUCGGGCCAUUGGGAGACUGUCUGGUAAAGGUGGCAAAACAAAGUUUGCCAUUGAGAACGCUACCAAGACAAGGAUUGUGAUUGCUGACACCAAGAUUCACAUAUUAGGAUCUUUUCAAAAUAUCAAAGUUGCAAGGGAUUCUCUUUGCAGCCUCAUCUUAGGGUCCCCUGCUGGAAAGGUAUACUCAAAACUUAGACAAGUUACAGCUAGAUUGGCUGAGAGAUUCUGAUCAUUUUUGUUUGUGUUGCUUGGCGAAUUGAGAUUACAUGUUAUUUUUGUAAUGCUGAGUGCCAGAGUGUAAUUUGGCAUGAAAUUUUCCUGUGGAGAUGCUGCAUCGGUUGUCAAAAAACAUUCACAAUAAAGGAAUUAAUUUCACACUUGUACUUGCUAAUGGAUUUAACUUGUACGCCUUGCUGGUUUGCAAAUGAAUUUUUUGACCUUAUGCA